GUCAGCAGUUAGCUCCCCGGCUCGGAGGCGGACGGUGCACCCCGGCCCGCCUACUGCCGGGCUAUCCAGUGCAGCAUGGCCGCCCGACCCCUCGGCAGCUCCGUCUGCCUGCUGGCGCUGCUCUGCGCCGUCUUCCCGUGCGCGCUAGCCAACGACGCCGGUACUGGCACCAACGACGCGCUGGAUGAUCUGCUGGCGCUCGUCAACCGUGCGGUGAGAGAGGCUGUGGACCCCAUCUCCGCCGAGCUCCGCAGCCAACGCGAGCUGCUGAGCGACAUCUUGGGCAGGCUGAGCAGCCAGGACGCUCAGGCGGAAUCGGCCAGUGCUCGACUUGAUGCUGUUCAAGCUAUGUUUGACUCUCAAACUAAGUCAACUAAUGCACGGCUUGAUUCCAUCCAGGAGGCCAUAGAGUCUCAAUUUCAGCUCGUCACUGCCCGGCUUGAUUCCAUGCAAGAUGCUCUGGAGUCUCAAAGUCUGUCUGUCAAUGCCCGGCUUGAUUCUACUCAGAAGACAUUGGAAUCUCAGCUUCAGCCAGUCACGUCUCAACUCGACUCCAUGCAGGCGGAGCUCGGCUCUCAGUUUACUUCAUCCAACAGCAGUCUCAGACAUCUGCAGUCUGAGCUCGACACUGCGCUGGACUCGGUUACCACCGGGCUGGACUCGGUUACCACCCGGCUGGACUCGUUUACCACCGGGCUGGACUCGAUUACCACCGGAUUGGACUCGGUUACCACCCAGCUGGACUCGUUUGGCACACGACUGGAAAAGCUGGCAGAGAUACAGCAGAACGCGACCACCGGGCCACGCGACUGCAGCGAACUGCCUAGCGGCUCCCCCAGCGGGGUUUACACUCUGCGUCUCGGGCAUGGCCGCACGAACCCGGUGGAGGCAUUCUGCGAUAUGGAGACGGACGGCGGCGGUUGGACCGUGUUUCAGCGACGCGAAGACAUUCUGCCCAGGGAAGACUUCUAUCGCAACUGGACCGAGUAUAAGGACGGAUUCGGAGACCUCACAGGAGAGUUCUGGUGGGGGCUAGAGAAGCUGUGGCUGCUCACUGGGACGCCGGGCAGGAGAUACGAGCUGCGCGUCGAUCUGGGGGAUUUUGACGGAGAGAAGAGAUACGCCAGGUAUGAGAACUUUAGAAUUUCGUCAGAGUUUGACGGAUAUCGUAUAACUGGUGGGAAAUACACAGGAAACUCUGGAGACAGCAUGAAAUAUCACUUCGGACAGAAGUUCUCCACCAGGGACAAGGAUCAGGACAAGUAUUCUGGUAAAAACUGCGCGCAACUCCGUGAGAGUGGCUGGUGGUUUGGCUCCUGCCAUUAUGUAAACUUGAAUGGCGUCCAUCUGUCAGGAGAGAAUAAUGAUAGCAAUUGGAGAGGAGUAGUAUGGGAAGCGUGGAGAGGUUACCGCUACUCCCUUAAAAAUACGGAAAUGAAAAUCCGUCCACAAGCUGCCAAGGUCGGGUAAAUUUGGGAACGUUUUUUUUUCUCUCUCUCUCUCUCUGUCUCCUUCAGGAGCACAUCCAUGAUUUAUCGGUUAAUGAGAACAGGUUUUCGCGACAUCUGUCUGUUUUUAACAAAUUCAAUUCACGGAUGCAUUUCAUUUGGUGUAUAUAAACUUGUAUUUUUUA